AUGGUAAAUACUGACAACGAUCUUAUACAAGAGACAGGUAUAUUUUUAUUAGCAACUCAUAAAGGAAGUUAUGAUCUUGAUCUUCUUGGUAAAGAAACUGGUUCACCAUGGGAAUUAACAAUUGAUGAUAAUUUUUCAUUUUGGGUUGCUUCUUCUAAUGUUAUGUAA